AUGGUGGAUACUGUGGUAGACAAACGUAGAGCUGAAGACAGCAAUUGUCUUGUCCACCAGGCAGUUGGCAAGACAUCCAGGCCAUCUCAUGCAACUACAGCUAGGCCUCAGAGUCAAGCUAACUCUUCCUCCGCUCCCAAGAAGACUCCUCCUUUGAAAGGCGUGAACAGCCAGCUCAGCUUUGGCAGUGUUGUCACUAGAGAAGCUAGUCCCUCACGAGCAUCUUCACAUGUGGUCUCUUCAGUGAAGACUAAAGGAGUGUUGGUCACAGGCUCAGGAUCCUCAAUCCUUCCUCAUCCCUCUAACAGAGGAAGUGAGGAAGAAUUUAGCCUUGUGGCUAGACGACAGGAACCUCUUAAUAGGAGUGGAGUUGCGCACUCUCCCUACGGACAUGCUUCUGUUCUCAGACGCAUUGAAGGAGGGUUGGUGUGCACACCUGGAGGAGUUGGGGGUCUAGUGUCUCCUGUUGCAUCAGUUGACAGUACAGUGCACGAGUGGGCUGUAGCACACUCGGUAGAGCUGUCAGCCAGAUACAUUCCAGGCAAGAGGAAUGUAGUGGUGGACAAGCUCAGCUGUCAGAAUCAGCGAAUUUUGGUACUGGUUCAUUUUGAUGUGGAUGGUAUUUGUGCCAGCAAAAUUCUUCAGUCACUCUUCAGAACAGACCACAUAUUGUACACAGUUGUACCUGUACAGAAGAGGAGGGACCUAGUAAAUGUUUAUGAGAAUCAUGCAGAACAGAUCAAACACAUCAUUUUAAUCAACUGUGGUGGGUGCAUAGAUAUCGUUGACCUUUUACAGCCUGCAGAUGAUAUUAUCUUUUUCAUCGCGGACAAUCAUCGCCCCCUUGAUAUAUGCAACAUCUACAGUGGAGAGCAGGUUCGAAUCCUUUCCAAGUUAGGAGAUGAUGAACAGGUGCCUGCAUUCGGUGAUGUUUUCCGAGAAGACGAGAGUGAUGAAGAAGAGGAAGAGAGUGACGAAGAAGGAGGAAAAAGGCCGAGGUUUGACGAGUCAGUUUUGGAAAAGAGGGCGGAGAGACGCCGAUGGGAACAACAAAGACAUAAGAUAGUAUUUGACUACACACAGUUCUCAUAUUAUGGGAAUUCUACUGCUGUGCUUAUGUUUGACCUGGCAUGGAAACUCUCAAAAGACUCAAAUGAACUUUUGUGGUGGGCAAUUACUGGAGCUACAGAUUUACUGAUGUGUGAGAAAACUGAGCGUAAAUAUUUACUAAUGACUGCCAGUCCAAAUCAUGUUUCCCGUUUGAAUCACAAGACGGAUGAUCAGCCCCUUGACUGCUUAAGAAUAACCUUUGAGAAAGAAUUACAGCUUGCACUCUACAGACACUGCAGCUUAGUAGAGAGCAUGCGUCAUUCUUUGUAUCCUGCCCACAUCCCUAAGAUUAUGGACCCUAAUAGAGAAAAGAGACUUUGUGAAUUGCUUGCUGAAAUGGGACUACCACUUUCACAGUGCAAGCAGAAAUAUAGUGGAAUGGACAUGACCUUACGCAAUGAACUUCAGUCACUCUUAGAAGCAAAAGUUGAGAAGUAUGGAUUAGGUAACCUUUUGUUUGCAUCAUUUACACUAACCCAUGGAUUCAGAAGCAAGUACAGUGCCAUGGACUACGUUUACGCUGCUUCUGCUUUGUUAGAAUCUACUGACAAGGAAAAGACAUCAGCAGAUGCCUUCCUUGAUGUCACUGAUAGUCUUAGCAUGAAUAAAUUGUCAGUAUUAGAAAAAGGCAUAGAGACUGCUAAACAACAGUUAGAAGCUGUAUACAGACAAGUACAGACUUUCAUUGAUAUGAAUCAAAUAAUAUCAGCAGGACCUUUUCUAUAUGCAACAGUCAUUGAGGGAACACCCGAUGCCAGGUUUUUCUCAGCUCCUCAGUGUCUUUCCCUUCUUGCGCGUUUCACACUCAGAGCACACGUAUCCAUUAGCCGCAGUAAGAAGAGCCGUUCCCUUCCUCUUGUCAUUACGACUCCGGAUGUCCGUUCCUCCGAAACAAACACAUGUCUUGUUUGUGGAAUCCCACCAGUCUCAGAAGAGUCUCCAAGAAAUUUCUUUGGUAAAGCUUUUGAGCAAGCAGCAGAAAAGACAGCAUCAAAAUCAGAAUUGGAGUUCUUUGACACAAAUGUUAUGCGGCUAAGUGUUGAUGAUCGUAGCAAGUUUUUUGAUGCCCUUAUAUCCUUGCUUAGUUAGGUGCUUUUAAAAGAUGUAGUAGUUGAUCCUUAGUUUUAUUUUAAAAAGCCACUUAAAAUUCUUAAAUAUUUUGUUUUCUGUCUUUAAUUUUAUUCUUUUUCUUUGAUUGUUCUCUUUGUGUUGGUACUUUUCAGUAUUUAGUUUGUGCGACGAGUGUAAGUUAGGCAAUGUUAGUGUCACUUCUUUGGCAGAUUUUUAUAUGAUAGUACAGUAUAUGAUAGUUUAUUCUGCACAUCUAAGGCUGGUAUCACAUAGAGACCUUCAAUUAUACCUCAGAUCAUUAAUAUAUAUACUCAUUUUCCAAAUAAAAUCUUUCAAAUA